AACCUAUAUCUUGUUUGCUCUUACCUUCUCAAAUGAUUUGAGUGAAAUGUCCUAAUCUGUUUUUUCCCGAGAUCCCACAUGUUUUUUUUUUUUUUUUGUGUUUUGCUACUUGCGUAAAAAGUUUUGUUCUGUUGUUGAAGAAUUUUAGUAUUAUGAGUUCGGUUUGAUUGAAUUGAUGUGUUUUUGUUGCUCUGUUUGAUCUUGAUAGUGUCCAACAGUUUUGAUAUGAUGUUUUGUUCAGGUUUGCCUUGGCCUUGCAAUCUUUGUGUUCUAAAAUGACUUUAUUAAGAAAUUUCAAUUUUGAUCUGAAAUUUUUCACUUGUUUAUACCAUCGUUAAAACUGAAAUUCAUGCCACCACCGUACUAGUGAUCGUCAACGGCUAGCUCUACAAGUGUUCUUGUCUGUACUCAUUUACAUGUCUACAUGGAGUGGAAUUUGAUUACUUUGCUUCACUUACCGCUACUCAUAAAUCAGUUAAAGCAAAUACAGUUUCUCAUACUCACAGGACAUCCCACUCUUGCUCCGUUUCUGUUUAAAAAUCUCCUAAAUUUAUCAUUCAUUUACAAGUCUACGCCAAUUGUUUGAUCAAAUUCCUCACCCAGAUCCAUUUCUCUGUAAUUCUCUCAUCUCUGCUUACACUACACUUUCUUUGCAUAUAGAAGCUGUAUAAGCAUUUGUUUCAAUGCACCAUAAGAAUAUCGGAUUGAAUUUUUUCACAUCUCUUCCUGUUAUUAAAGCAUGCUCUUCAUUUCUGGCGAUUGAUGUGGGGAAACGUUUUGAUUUUAAGUUAUGGGAUUGAUUGUAAUGUUUAUUUUCAAACUGCAAUGAUGGAUUUUAUUCCAAGAAUGGUGAGUUGGGUUCUGGAAGGAAGAUUUUUUAUGGGAUGUUAAUGCAGGAUCCAAAUACUUACAUAACUGUUUGAUUUCUGGGCAUUCAAGGGCUGGUGAUAUUAUAGCUGCACUGCAGCUAGUUGAUUCAAUGACAGAAUGAACUGUUGUUUCGUGGAAUGCCAUGAUUUCUUGUUAUGCACACAAUGGGCAUCUUUACAACGGUUUGAAGAUUUUUGAAAGAAUGCAGGCUGAAAAAUAUUUCCUAACGAAAUUACCUUGGUCAUGCUGCUUUCGACAUGUGCUAAGUUUGGAGAUCUAGAGAUGGGAUUAAUAAGUGAGAAUUUUAUUGAUGGUAAUGAUUUUCGCGUGAAUGUGAUUCUUUCAACAGCAAUAUUAGAGAUGUAUGUGAAGUGUGGGGCUGUGGAUGAAGCUUGGGGAGAGUUUGAUAGGAUGGAUAGGAAAGAUAUUGUUAUAUGGAGCACUAUGGUUGCUGGUUAUGCUCAAAAUGGGAGUUCAAUUGAGGUGUUAGAGUUUUUUGAAUGCAUGAGAAGUGAUCAAAUUAAACCUAAUGAUGUGAUGCUUGUUAGUGUUUUAUCUGCUUGUGCACAAGUAGGCUCAGUUGAAAGUGGUAACCAAAUAGGAAGUUACAUAGAGAGUCAAGAUUUAUUGUCAAAUGUCUAUGUGGCUUCUGCAUUAGUGAGUAUUUAUUCAAGAUUAGGAAAUAUAAGUAAAGCUCGUGAAGUUUUUCGGAUGCCUGCAAAAGAUAUUGUUAGUUGAAACUCGAUGAUUGUAGGUCUAGCUGUUAAUGGCUUCGCAACAGAUGUGAUAUCUCUUUACCAGAAAAUGAAAAAAGUUGAUGACGUGAAGCCAAAUGACAACUUUUGUUGGGUUAUUGACAGACUGCACUCAUGCUGGACUUAUUGAAUUAGAUGUUGAGUUUUUUGAAAGCAUGAAAUUAAAUAUUGAAUCACACCAAAAUAGAACAUUUUGCAUGUAUUGUAGACCUCUAUUGUAGAUUAGGAAGAUUAAAAGAAGCCUAUGAGUUCAUAUGUAGCAUGGGAAUUCCGCCUAAUAUUGUGAUUUAUUGUGAUUUUACUGGGUGCUUCUAGAACACACUUGAAUGUAGAGCUUGCUGAGCUCUUUGUUGAGAAGUUAAUGGAGAUAGAGCCUGAGAAUUCUGGAAACUAUGUCCAACUUUCUAAUAUAUAUGCCAGUGUGGUGAGAUGGCAAGAAGCUUUGGAAGUGCGAAUCUUAAUGAAGGAUAAGAAAGUGCAGAAAAUAGCUGUAUAUAGUUGGAUAGAGUUGGAAAAUCAAGUGCAUAGGUUUUUAGUUGGCAACACUUUCCAUCCUGCAAUUGAUGAGGUCUGUAGAAUUGUUGAUGGAUUGACUUUGCAAUCUGCAUGGGUUGGUUAUAAUUUAGAAUCUGAGUUAGAAUUCAGAUGAUGCUCAAAUAUAGAGGAUGAUUGCGGUUGUUUCAUCCAAUGAAAGCUUUUGCAGAUUGCAGUGCAGAAUUUUGUUCAAAUAACAAAAUGAUCUUCUUUAGUUCAUGAAAUAGCAUGGAACAGGAAGGAAAUAUAAUAGUUCUAGUUCAAAUUUAGAUGUGGAAAGGCAUUUGGUAUAGAAAUUUUAUAACCUUAAGUUUGGAUGAAAAUCCGAAAUAUGUAAUAGUUUAUUUUUUGUAACAAAUAUUUCUCAAAUUUAUGGAAACAUGAACUUUAUGAAGAGUGGAAAAGAAUUAUUUUAUUGGGCACUCAUCAACUAUUCCAUUCUGCAAACCGAACAAAGUCCAAAAGAGUUUAGGAUACCAAUUUUAUAAUUUGAAUAUUAUAAUUCAAUAAAUAUGGUCAUAUAUCUUACUUUUAUGUGGAUAUUAGUUGUCCAACAUUUUAUUUUAAGUAUUUACUGAGUUGAAUAACUUGAAUUAACCGCAUGAUAAAUUCUGAUGAGAUAAUGUUGCAUCAGUUAUUUCUGCACUAUUAUAUUCAAAGAAUGAUAAACAAAAAUAAAAAAUAAAACUCUGAAACACAUAUACCUAUGGUUUAAACUGUGUAAAUGGUUUUGUGUAUUUUUUGGUAAACUAUUAUGCCAUGAUAACAUUUUUUAUGUAAGUCAUCAC